AUGAAGUCGAGUAUUCCAAUCACUGAAGUAUUGCCAAGAGCAGUUGGUUCUCUAACAUUCGAUGAGAAUUACAAUCUACUGGAUACAUCAGGCAUAGCAAAAAUGAUCGAAAAGUCACCUAUCGCAGAAAUAAUCAAGAAAUCAAAUGCUGAACUGGGUAGGUUGGGCUACUCCGUCUACGAAGAUGCUGAAUACAUUGGCCACGCCUUCAAGAAGGCCGGCCAUUUUAUUGUGUACUUUACUCCAAAGAACAAAAACAGAGAGGGCAUGGUUCCCCCUGUAGGAAUAACUAAUUAG